GGGUCGGCGGAUUAACAUCCCCCGUGGAAGGCGUUCCAAUGCAAUGCUUCGCGUGGAGGCUGAGGCGCGGCAAGUUGGAGGGCAGUGCGCAGACAUGUAUUUCCACGAGCUGAACAUCACAGGUGCGUGGGUGGAGGCGAAGGGAACCGACGGUCUCCAUUUCCAAGCCGAGGGUGCGCGCGACGAGCAUCCGCAGUGGUUAAAGUUUGGGGGCGUAGAACUCAAAGUCGCCCAUGGGCGCACUGAGAAGGGCACCUUGUACUUGAAUUUCUACGUCAAGCACCUUGGGCGCGGUGGGUUUGCCGUCGGAGGGUUGCUAGGAGAGGAUGACCACACCGAGGCAUCCAUGCCUUCGAAGGCAUGCGUUCACCGCGCUGCCCUUUGGGAGACUGCGACUCCGAGUUACAACGGUGCAGGCGUCUUCUCGAUUGCAGAGGCAACCUUCUAA